UACCAAAAUGCCGCCAAUUUGUAAUUACCAAGAUGUCUAUUAUACAAUUUCAAUAUGAAACUUCGUUGUUUAAUGUUGAAAUGUAAUAUAUAUUAAUUGCCAUAAAGGCAAUUUUCAUUAUCGCUCAAAUUGUUAAAAAAAGGCUUCACCAUUGCGAACAUAAUUCCUAUUAUGAUGUUGGGGCGUAAGCAGAGCCUCAAAGGGGAACCUGUCUUGGCUGAUUAUGGCCCAGAGGAAUCCCUCAAUGAGAGCGCUGAUAUAGAAUGGGUAAAUAAGUUAUGGGUGAGAAGGCUGAUGAGAUCUUGUGCUUUGAUAUCUUUAGCUUCUGUUUGCUUGAAUACUCCAAAAACUUUUGAAAAAGUUCCUCCACUUCAGUAUUUUACCUUUGUUUGUGACUUAAUUAUUACAUUUUUAUUUACUGCUGAAAUGAUUGCCAAGAUGCAUAUAAGGGGUAUAUUGAAGUUACAGAGGGAUAAAUCUUAUUUAAAAGAUCAUUGGUGCCAAUUUGAUGGAAGCAUGGUUAUCUUUCUUUGGUUAUCUAUAAUAUUACAAAUGUUUGAAAUGUUAGGUUUCGCUUUAGAACUUAGUUACGUUUCAAUAUUACGCGCGCCACGUCCAUUAAUUAUGAUACGCUUUUUACGAGUUUUUCUAAAGUUUUCUAUGCCAAAAGCUAGAAUUAAUCAAAUUUUCAAGCGUUCAAGUCAACAGAUAUAUAAUGUAACUCUUUUCUUUCUUUUCUUCAUGUCUCUUUAUGGUCUUUUAGGCGUUCAGUUUUUUGGUGAAUUAAAAAAUCAUUGUGUUCUUAAUACUACUACAGAUCCAACAAAUAUAACUAUAAAUAGUUUAGCCAUUCCUGAUACUUUUUGUUCUACUGAUCCUGAAUCAGGAUAUCAAUGUCCAGAGGGAAUGACUUGUAUGAAACUUCAAUUAUCAAAAUAUAUUAUGGGUUUCAAUGGAUUUGAUGAAUUUGCUACAAGUAUUUUUACAGUCUAUCAAGCUGCAUCACAAGAAGGAUGGGUUUUUAUUAUGUACCGCGCAAUAGAUAGUUUACCUGCUUGGCGUGCAGUUCUUUAUUUUAGUACAAUGAUAUUUUUCUUAGCAUGGCUUGUGAAAAAUGUUUUCAUAGCAGUUAUCACAGAAACUUUUAAUGAAAUUCGAGUUCAGUUUCAACAAAUGUGGGGUGUUAGAGGACAUAUUAGCAAUAACACAGCAUCACAAAUAUUAACUGGUGAUGACAAUGGUUGGAAAUUGGUAACCUUAGAUGAAAAUAAACACGGAGGUUUAGCUUCUCCUAUAUGUCAUGCCAUUCUCAGAUCUCCUCAUUUUCGUAUGGUGGUAAUGUUUGUAAUUUUGGCAAAUGGUAUUACCACUGCAACUAUGAGCUUCAAACAUGAUGAGAAACCAAGGCAUACGUAUUAUGAUAAUUAUUAUUAUGCUGAGAUUGCAUUUACAAUAUUUUUAGAUCUAGAAACAUUGUUCAAAAUCUGGUGUCUUGGAUUUCGCAGUUAUUAUAAGCAUUCAAUUCAUAAAUUUGAAUUGUUAUUAGCAAUUGGUACAACCAUACAUAUUAUUCCAUUCUUCUAUCUUUCUGGAUUCACAUAUUUUCAGGUUCUUAGAGUAGUUAGACUUAUCAAGGCAUCACCAAUGCUUGAAGAUUUUGUAUAUAAAAUAUUUGGUCCUGGGAAAAAAUUAGGAAGCCUCAUUAUUUUUACUAUGUGUCUAUUAGUCAUAUCAUCGAGUAUUUCUAUGCAAUUAUUUUGUUUUCUUCGCAAUUUCACAAAAUUUGAAACAUUUCCAGAGGCAUUUAUGUCCAUGUUUCAAAUCUUAACACAAGAAGCUUGGGUAGAUGUUAUGGAUGAAACAAUGUUAAGAACACAUGAAACAAUGGCUCCUCUUGUUGCUAUGUAUUUUAUUUUAUAUCAUCUUUUUGUUACAUUGAUUGUGUUAAGUUUAUUUGUCGCCGUAAUUUUGGAUAAUCUUGAAUUGGAUGAAGACAUUAAGAAACUGAAACAAUUAAAAUUCCGUGAACAAAGUGCGGAAAUAAAAGAAACUUUACCAUUCAGAUUGCGAAUAUUUGAGAAAUUUCCUGAUAGUCCUCAAAUGACAUGCUUACAUAAAGUACCAUCAGAUUUUAAUCUUCCAAAAGUUCGUGAAAGUUUCAUGAGACAAUUUGUAUUUGAAAUGGAAAAUGAAGAAAAUGAAGGAGUAAAGAAAAUAAAUGAAACUUUUGAUUCAAAAAUGAUAUAUAGAAAACAACGUCCAGUAAAAAUUUUAAAUAAUCCACCUAAAGUAAGAAAUGUUGUUACCAGUCUUAAAAAAGCAGCUGUUAUUUAUAUUAUAAAUGAUUCCAACAAUCAAAGAUUAUUAUUAGGUGAUUCCGCUAUGAUACCAGUACCAGGAAAAGGUCUUCUAAAACCACAAGGCACUGUUAGUAGCGCUAAACAACUUCGUUUUGAUCAAAAAAAGUCAAUUAGAAGAAGUGUUCGUAGUGGAUCAAUCAAAUUAAAACAAACAUAUGAACAUUUGAUGGAAAAUGGUGAUAUUGGUGGAAUAAAUAGAGUUAGCUCUUCUCGCAGUAGACCGCAUGAUUUGGAUAUUAAAUUAUUACAAGCUAAACGACAACAAGCCGAAAUGCGAAGAAAUCAACGCGAAGAAGAUUUACGUGAGAAUCAUCCGUUUUUUGAUACACCACUGUUUGCAGUACCACGUGAAAGUAAAUUCCGUAAAAUUUGUCAAUCACUUGUUUAUGCAAGAUAUGAUACAAAUGUGAAAGAUCCUUUAACUGGAAAAGAAAGAAAAGUUCAAUAUAAAAGUUUACACAAUUUUCUUGGUUUGGUCACAUAUCUUGAUUGGGUAAUGAUUUUUGCUACUACUAUGUCUUGUAUUUCUAUGAUGUUUGAAACACCACGCUAUCGCGUAAUGGAAAUUCCAGCAUUACAAAUUGCAGAAUAUGGUUUUGUGAUUUUUAUGAGUAUUGAAUUAGCUCUAAAGAUUUUAGCAGAUGGAUUAUUUUUCACACCAAAAGCCUAUAUCAAAGAUGUCGCUUCUGUUUUAGAUGUUUUUAUUUAUGUUGUUAGCCUUGUGUUUCUUUGUUGGAUGCCGAAAAGCGUGCCACCAAAUUCAGGUGCACAACUUCUAAUGAUUUUACGUUGUGUUAGACCAUUAAGAAUCUUCACUCUUGUACCACACAUGAGAAAAGUUGUUUACGAAUUAUGUAGAGGAUUCAAAGAGAUUUUGUUGGUAUCUACUCUAUUGAUUUUACUGAUGUUUAUAUUUGCAAGUUAUGGUGUACAGCUUUAUGGGGGUAGAUUAGCACGUUGUAAUGAUCCUACUAUUUUGAAACGAGAAGAUUGUGUUGGAGUAUUUAUGAGAAGAGUAUUUGUAACAAAAAUGAAAUUGCAACCAGGCGAAAAUGAGAGUUAUCCAUCUAUAUUAGUACCACGUGUUUGGGCCAAUCCUAAAAGAUUUAAUUUUGAUAAUAUUGGUGAUGCAUUAAUGGCACUUUUUGAAGUACUUUCUUUUAAAGGAUGGCUUGAUGUUAGAGAUGUUCUUAUUAAAGCUCUUGGUCCAGUUCAUGCUAUUUAUAUUCAUAUUUAUAUUUUCCUGGGUUGUAUGAUUGGUUUAACUCUGUUUGUGGGUGUUGUCAUUGCUAAUUAUUCUGAAAAUAAAGGAACUGCCUUACUUACAGUUGAUCAAAGACGAUGGUGUGAUUUAAAAAAGCGAUUAAAAAUUGCACAACCGUUACAUUUACCACCUAGACCAGAUGGAAAGAAAUUUAGAGCAUUUAUCUAUGAUAUCACUCAAAAUAUCUAUUUUAAAAGAUUUAUUGCAGUUAUGGUGCUUAUAAACAGUUCUCUUCUAUGUGUCUCUUGGAGAAUCGAGGAAGAACACACGGAAGCACUCGCUACGGUGUCCACGAUUCUGACACUCAUCUUCCUCGUGGAAGUAAUUAUGAAAAAUAUUGCUUUUACACCACGUGGCUAUUGGCAGUCCAGAAGAAACAGAUAUGAUUUGCUCGUGACAGUUGUCGGUGUUAUUUGGAUCGUCAUUCAUUGUACAAUGAAGAAUGAUUUGUCAUACGUAAUCGGCUUUAUGGUUGUGAUUCUUAGAUUCUUUACAAUCACUGGCAAACAUACAACUCUCAAAAUGUUGAUGUUAACAGUUGGAGUAUCUGUUUGUAAAAGUUUUUUUAUUAUAUUUGGCAUGUUCCUCCUUGUUUUCUUCUAUGCACUAGCUGGUACGAUUAUCUUUGGAACUGUAAAAUAUGGUGAAGGUAUAGGAAGGCGUGCAAAUUUUGAGUCACCUGUAACUGGAGUUGCAAUGCUCUUCCGUAUUGUCACAGGUGAAGAUUGGAAUAAAAUAAUGCAUGAUUGCAUGAUACAACCACCAUAUUGUACUCCUGCUGCUAAUUAUUGGGAAACUGAUUGUGGCAACUUUCAUGCUUCUUUAAUAUAUUUUUGUACUUUCUAUGUCAUUAUUACUUAUAUUGUUUUAAAUCUUCUAGUUGCUAUUAUUAUGGAAAACUUUUCUUUAUUUUAUUCAAAUGAAGAAGAUGCUUUAUUAUCUUAUGCUGAUAUUAGAAAUUUUCAAAACACUUGGAAUGUUGUUGACAAUCAUCAAAAGGGUUUUAUACCUGUGAAACGGGUGAAGUUUAUUUUACGAUUAUUAAAAGGUAGAUUAGAGACUGAUCCACAAAAGGAUCGUCUUCUUUUUAAACAUAUGUGCUAUGAACUAGAAAAGUUGAAUAAUGGGGAAGAUGUUACUUUUCAUGAUGUUAUCAAUAUGUUAUCUUAUCGUUCAGUUGAUAUUCGAAAAGCUCUUCAGCUUGAAGAAUUAUUGGCGAGAGAAGAAUUUGAAUAUAUUAUUGAAGAAGAAGUUGCUAAGCAAACAAUCAGAAAUUGGCUAGAAGGUUGUCUAAAAAAAAUUCGUGCGAGUGGGAAGCAACAAAAUAGUCUUGUAGCAGGUCUUCGCGCUAAUACCGAACAGGUUCAACAGCAAGAACAUAUAGAAGAGAAAGGAAAAGAGACUGUCAAAGAAGAAGAAAUUGAAACAAAAGAUAGUGAUGGAACUAGACAUAAAAUAAAAAAACCAGUCGUUCUUCCAAGAUCUGAUAGUAUAGGUAGUGGAUCAGGAAGAAAGUAUUUAACUCCAACAUUAUCAGAUCCUGCUUCAAUUAGAUGUGAAAAGGAUAAAAAUGCGGUACCAAAGAAAAAAAAUAAUAGACCUCCACCGAUGCCGAAAAAUAAUUUGCCACAUCUCACAGAGAGCACUGAGCAAAGCAGACAACAGCGGGAAACAAUCAAUGCAAAGGCAAUCGUAUCAAAACCUUCCAAUAUUAUGUUAGAAGUUCGAGAAUGGUGGAAAGAACAGUUGGCAUAUAGCAGUGAGUCCAGUGAAGACGAAGUUUAAAUAUUCAUUUAUAUUUUUCAUGAGUAUAAAUUAAAAAUAUAAAAUGUAAUAAAUAAAACAUGCUUUAAUAUUUUA